AUGCUGACGCGAGUGACCAGCCAGCUGGUCGCUCGUGCGUUCUGCGUGCCUGGAGGCCGUGUCAACGUGCCCGUGCCGGGUAAGAAGGCCGUGGCGGGUCUCAGCGGACUGGAUGUGGCCUGCAGGCAGCAGCGCCGGUCCGUUCAGGCGCACGCGGCCGCCGCUGCGGUCACGGACCCGAAGUCGUACAAGGGUCCGCAGGAGUGCCACGGCUUCGAGCUCGUCCGCGAGGAGUACGUCGCGGAGUACGACUCGCACGCGAUGCUGUACCGCCACAAGAAGACGGGCUCCGAGGUCAUGUCGCUCGUCAACAACGACGAGAACAAGACCUUCGGCGCCGUCCUGCGCACGCCCCCGGACGACUCCACGGGCAUCCCCCACAUCCUGGAGCACUCGGUGCUGUGCGGGUCGCGGAAGUACCCGAUCAAGGAGCCCUUCGUGGAGCUCAUGAAGGGCUCGCUCAACACCUUCCUCAACGCCUUCACGUACCCCGACCGCACGUGCUACCCCGUCGCGUCGGCCAACCUCCAGGACUUCUACAACCUCGUCGACGUCUACCUCGACGCCGUGCUGUUCCCCAACUGCGUCAGGGACGAGAAGACCUUCAUGCAGGAGGGCUGGCACUACGAGCUGGAGGACGCGGGCGAGGAGCUCGAGUUCAAGGGCGUGGUCUUCAACGAGAUGAAGGGCGUGUACUCGUCGCCGGACUCGAUGUUCUACCGCUACUCGCAGGAGGUGAUGUUCCCUGACAACCAGUACGGCGUCGACUCGGGCGGCGACCCCAAGGUCAUCCCGGACCUCACCUUCUCCCAGUUCCAGGACUUCCACGCGCGCUACUACCACCCCUCGAACGCGCGCUUCUGGUUCUACGGCGACGACGCCCCCGAGACGCGCCUGGAGAAGCUCGCCGCCUACCUGGACCAGUUCGACGCGCGCCCCGUGGACUCGACGAUCAAGAUCCAGAAGAAGUUCCCCGCGCCCAGCAAGGUCACCAAGUACUACGCCGCGGGCGCCGGCGACGACGCCGAGGCCGGGGAGUCGAAGGCGUACGUGGGCGUGCAGUGGCUGCUCGAGGAGGACCAGCUCGACCUGGAGACGUCGCUCGCGCUCGCGUUCCUCGACUUCCUGCUCCAGGGCACCUCCGCCGCGCCGCUGCGCAAGGCGCUGAACGAGUCGGGCCUCGGCGAGUCGCUCCUGGGGGGGGGUCUCGAGGACGAGCUGCGCCAGCCCAUCUACUCGGUCGGGCUCAAGGGCGUGGCGCCCGCGGACACGGACAAGGUGCAGGCGCUCGUGCUGGAGACGCUCGAGCGGCUCGAGAAGGAGGGCUUCCCCGCGUCGUCGAUGGAGGCCGCCGUGAACACCAUUGAGUUCUCCCUCCGCGAGAACAACACCGGGCGCUUCCCGCGCGGGCUCUCGCUCAUGCUGCGCUCCAUGUCGACGUGGCUCUACGACAAGGACCCCUUCGAGCCCCUCCACUGGCAGGAGCCCCUGGCGGCGUUCAAGGCCCGUCUGGAGUCCGGCGAGGACGUGUUCGGCCCGCUGAUCCGCAAGUACCUCCUUGACAACCCCCACCGCCUGAUGCUGGAGAUGCUGCCCGACACGUCGCUGGGCGAGCAGGAGUCGGCCGCCGAGAAGGAGCGCCUCGCGAAGCAGAAGGCCUCGCUCGACGAGGGCGGCAUCAACGAGGUCAUCAAGGCCACCGCGGAGCUGCGGGAGCGCCAGGAGACGCCCGACCCCCCGCAGGCGCUGGCGUGCAUGCCGUCGCUCUCGCUCGCGGACAUCCCGCGCGAGAUCACGUCGGUGCCGACCGCGGUCUCCGAGGCCGACGGCGCCACGCUCCUGCGCCACGACCUCUUCACGAACGACGUGCUCUACAUGGAGCUGGCGCUGGACCUGCGCGGCGUGCCCGCGGAGCUCCUCCCGCUCGUGCCGCUCUUCUGCCGCUGCCUCACGCAGAUGGGCACCGAGGGCGAGUCCUUCGUCGAGCUCACCGAGCGCAUCGGCCGCAAGACGGGCGGCAUCUCCGCGUCGCCCUUCGUGUCCUCCAAGCGCGGCACCGACGAGCCCGUCGGCUACGUCGUCCUGCGCGGCAAGGCCAUGGCCGACAAGGCGUCCGACAUGACGGACAUCAUGCACGACGUCCUCCUCUCCGGCCGCCUCGACGACAGGGACCGCUUCAAGCAGAUGGUGCUCGAGACCAAGGCCGGGCUCGAGUCGGCCAUGAUCGGGAGCGGGCACUCGGUCGCCGCGGCGCGCCUGGAUGCGCAGCGCUCGGUCGCCGGGUGGGCGAGCGAGCAGAUGGGCGGUUACAGCUACCUGGAGUACAUCCGCAAGCUGGCGGCGCGGCUGGAGACGGACUGGGAGGGCAUCAAGGCGGACCUGCUCGCGAUCCGCGAGGCGCUCGUGCGGCGCGCGGGCGCGAUGGUGAACAUGACGGCGGACACGGCGGCGCUCUCGGCGUCGGACCGCGCCGUGGCCGACCUGCUGGCGUCGCUGCCGGGCGGCGACGCGGCGCCGGCGGUGUGGACGCCCGCGCUGUCGCGCGACAGCGAGGCGCUGCUGGUGCCCACGCAGGUCAACUACGUCGGCAAGGCGGGCAACCUGUACGAGGACGCGGGCUACAAGCUGUCGGGGUCCUCGUACGUCAUCUCCAAGUACGUGGGCAGCACGUGGCUGUGGGACCGCGUGCGCGUGUCCGGCGGCGCGUACGGCGGGUUCUGCGACUUCGACUCCCACUCGGGGAUGUUUUCGUACCUGUCGUACCGCGACCCGAACCUGGUCGACACCGUCAAGGUGUACGACGGCACGCCCGACUGGCUGCGCGGCCUCGAGAUGAGCCGCGAGGAGCUCGACAAGGCCAUCAUCGGCACCGUGGGCGACCUCGACGCGUACCAGCUGCCCGACGCCAAGGGCUACACCGCCUUCAUGCGGCACAUCCUGGGCGUGACGGACGAGGAGCGGCAGCAGCGCCGCGAGGAGGUGCUCGCGACGACGGAGAAGGACUUCCGGGAGUUCGCCGAGGUCCUGGACGCCGUGCGCGGGCCGGAGGGCAGCGUCGUCGCCGUGACGAGCCCCGAGCAGGCGGAGAAGGCCGAGAAGCAGGCCCCGGGGCUGUUCAAGAAGACCAAGCGGGUGCUGUGA